CAUGAUUUUGAAGUAAGGUGAAAGAGGUACGCAAGGUGUAGCGCUUUUGCGAUGCUGUAUCCCAGGCGAGGAGGCAGGGGAGCCCGGCGCCUGCUGCUCUCGCUUCUGCUCUUCUCGCUCUGGGAGGCUGGGGUCAGCCAGGUCCGCUACUCGGUCCCCGAGGAGGCCAAGCACGGCGCCUUCGUGGGCCGCAUCGCGCAGGACCUGGGGCUGGAGCUGGCGGAGCUGGUGCCGCGCCUGUUCCGCGUGGCGCCCAAGGGCCGCGGGGACCUUCUGGAGGUGAAUCUGCAGAAUGGCAUUUUGUUCGUGAAUUCUCGGAUCGACCGCGAGGAGCUGUGCGGGCGCAGCGCGGAGUGCAGCAUCCACCUGGAGGUGAUCGUGGAGAGGCCGCUGCGGGUUUUCCACGUGGAGGUGGAGGUGACAGACAUUAACGACAACCCGCCGAUAUUUCCAAUGGCGGUAAAGACCAUCCGGUUUCCCGAAUCGAGGCUGCUUGACUCGCGGUUUCCUCUAGAGGGAGCAACCGAUGCAGAUAUCGGAGCAAACGCUCUUCUUUCGUACAAGCUCAGCUCCAGUGAGUAUUUCUUUCUAGAUGUACAGACAAAUGAUGAACUAAGCCAGUCUUUGUCACUUGUGCUUAGGAAAUCUCUGGACAGAGAGGAAACUGCCGCGGUUAAUUUGUUACUGGUGGCUACUGAUGGCGGCAAACCUGAGCUCACAGGCACGGUUCAGUUGCUUAUUAACGUAUUGGAUGUGAAUGACAAUGAACCUACUUUUGACCAAUCAGUUUACAAAGUGCAAUUGUUAGAGAACACCGCCAACGGAACGUUAGUGAUCAAACUAAAUUCUUCUGAUGCAGAUGAAGGACCAAACAGCGAGAUUCUAUAUUCAUUUAGUAGUGAUUUACCCUCCACUAUAAAGACCAAGUUCAAAAUAGAUCCCAGGAUAGGGGAAAUCAGAACUAAGGGACAAUUAGAUUACGAAGAAACGAAAUCCUACGAGAUUCAAGUCAUUGCAUAUGACAAUGGAACUCCGUCAAUGACUGGGCACUGUAAAAUUUCAGUAAGAAUUGUGGACGUCAAUGAUAACACACCGGAAAUCUCAGUAACAUCUCUUUCACUUCCGAUCAGAGAGGACGCUCCUCCGGGCACAGUAAUCGCCCUCAUCACGGUGUCCGACCGCGACUCAGGUGUCAACGGGCAGGUGACCUGUUUACUAACACCUCAUGUCCCUUUCAAGUUGGUGUCCACCUUCAAGAAUUACUAUUCGCUGGUGCUGGACAGCGCCCUGGACCGCGAGAGCGUGGCGGACUAUGCUGUGGUGGUGACCGCGCGGGACCGGGGCUCGCCUUCGCUGUCGGCCACAGCCAGCGUGUCCGUGGAGGUGGCCGACGUGAACGACAACGCGCCGGAGUUCGCGCAGCGCGAGUACACGGUGUUCGUGAAGGAGAACAACCCGCCCGGCUGCCACAUCUUCACGGUGUCGGCGCGCGACCGGGACGCGCAGGAGAACGCGCUGGUGUCCUACUCGCUGGUGGAGCGGCGGGCGGGCGAGCGCGCGCUGUCGAGCUACGUGUCCGUGCACGCGGAGAGCGGCCGCGUGUACGCGCUGCAGCCCCUGGACCGCGAGGAGCUGGAGCUGCUGCAGUUCCAGGUGAGCGCGCGCGACGCGGGCGCGCCGCCUCUGGGCAGCACCGUGACGCUGCAGGUGUUCGUGCUGGACGAGAACGACCACGCGCCCGCGCUGCUGCCGCCCGGGGCCGUGCUGCUGUCGCUGGUGGACGGCGGCCAGGCGCCCAAGGCCUCUGUGUCGGCGUCUGCGGGCGCCGCGGGCUCGGAGGCGGCGCUGGUGGACGUGAACGUGUACCUGAUCGUCGCCAUCUGCGCGGUGUCCAGCCUGCUGGUGCUCACGCUGCUGCUGUACACGGCCGUGCGGUGCUCGGCGGCGCCGAGCGGGGGCGCGUGCGGGCCGGGGCAGCCCAGGCUGGUGUGCCCGGGCGCGGGGGGCAGCUGGUCGGCCUCGCAGCAGAGGCGGCCGCGGGUGUGCUCUGGGGAGGGCGCGCCCAAGACGGACCUCAUGGCCUUCAGCCCCAGCCUACCUCAGGGUCCAGGCUCCGCAGAAGAAAGACAACAACUCUCAGAAUCAGAACACUUAGGAAAGAUAGGCCAGAAUAUCAACUUCCCUCCAGGGUCGUCUUUUACAGGAAUUGAGGAGUCUGGUGGGGAGAUUUUGAAUUCCAUUUAA